AUGCAGGCUGAAGCAAGCAAAACAGUCAGCUUUGUUUCAAGUCCUGAUUGGCACAGCUCCGACCAGGUGUACCUUGCCUACGAGUACACCAAGCAUAGCACUGACAAUUGUGAUGUGCCGUUGCAGCUCUGGGUGCAGGUGGUUUCGCUCACUGCGCUCUUCAAUCUAGCCUGCAACCAGCAGGACCGGUAUGGCACCUUAGGUGCCAGGAUUUUUUGUGGCUGGAGCUUUGACCCAGAGAAUCCCGAACGCAUGCCCAUGAGGAAUUGCGUUGGGCUAUACUGGGCCGCGAACUUGUUUGAGGGAGUUUCGGAGGUUCCGGAAUGCUGUCAGAUCAUUCUCCUUUCGGUUUUCUUCGUCGCAGCUGACUUUGUGCUUUCGGGUUCGAGCGGUGAGAUUCGCAGCGGUUUUGCACUUGUUGGUCUGACAUUCCCGGGUCAGGUCGCGCCGGGGCUUCUCUCAGCUGUGCACGCUUAUGCGAGCUUCAACCUCACCUAUUCAUUUUUCAUCCUGCUUGGUGUCGCUGGACUCUCCCAGAUCCUCUUCUGGCUGGCGAGGAGAGGUUUGAUUCGUGUCAGUGAUGCAGCGCCACCAGGGAGCCUGGAGCGAAAUACCGAGGCGCGUGGCCGCCACCGUGGACGUGGUGACCCACCGAGUUAG